AUGAGGCGGCCGUGGCUCACAAUCGCGCUCGCCACUCGCGUGAUCGCCGAGGACGACGCUAUCGCCGCCUACGUCCGCUUCGCCCGGACGACACUCCCGAAACUUGAAAAAGCGUGGGCGGCGCCGCACCGAGCUGACCCCGUAACACAAAGCAAACGCAGCCGCGUCCUCCUGCUCACGUUCCCGAACUCGGGCACGUCAUACACCAUCCGAGCCGCCGAGUGCCUCGCCGACUCGCAGAUGUGCUCCUCCUAUAUCCACGAGUGCGAGAAAAGCCGUAUUGUUGGAGAGCGGCCUCACCACCCGUUUCUGGACCGGAAUCCGGAGCUCAUCUCGUUUCAGGGAGGGAGAAUGAGAAUACGGGACCCGGCCAAAUUAGAAAAGGCCAUGGCGCUGUAUUUUAAUGGAAGGCCCGCAGAGCAAUUAGUCGAGUUCCAGGCUGUGUGGAAAUCAAAUUGCAGGCGCCCCACGCCAUCGACGCAACCUAACUCACUGGUUGAUUUCCACACAGGUUCCAAGCCAGCCUCGCGAACCUCACGGCGGCGGCGCCCGUGCGGGAAUGUGGAAAGGGCGCCUGGGUGUUAAGGGACGACAAUCAAACUAUGUCCGACGCGGCGUCCCCGCUCGUAAAGUGGCACGGCGUAAGUUAUGGAGGCGACGGCGACCUACCCGCCUCAGCACUUAUACGGGAGUUCAGGUAUCGGUUCGAGAGAGACGACGACUGGCCCGUUGUGCGCGUUCUGAGGUUGACGCGCAACGUCUUCGACAAUUUAGUGGCAAGGCAUCACCUCGAGUGCAAAGCUAGGCGGCCGACAUGCCCGACGGGCGUCGCGACGCGCGAGAACUUCGUGCGAGGCGGUCCGCCCGUCGACGACGGGGGCCCCCACUUUUUGAGAGAUGUCUGCAAGUACAUGAAGUGGCACCACCGCGCGGCGGCGAUGCGGCGCAACUCGACGAAGCCCUGGACGACGCUGGCCUACGAGACGUUGUACGAGGACUCUCCAAAGUACUUCCAGACGGUCUUGGAGACGCUGGGGUUGGAAGGGGACGGCGCCGCGGGCAUGGAGAAGCCGGUCCCGCGCUGCACGAUGGACCAGGCGCGACUCAAGACGAGGGAGGUGGCCCGCGCCCAGGGCGUCGCGCUGCCCGUCUACCUGCACAUGUUCGACGCGCCGACGAUCCGACGCAUCGACAUGCUCGUCGGGCGCUACCUGGACAGCUCGGACAACUUCGCCGCGCCGGACAUCAAGCCCUGCAUGGAGUAA